AUGACCUCAACCACCAGCAACAUCAGAGACAGCAGCGACAGCGGCGGCGGCUUUCUCACCUCCCCCGCGCCCUCCACCACCACCACCACCGCCCCCAGCAACAGCAACAGCAGCAACGCACCCUCCCUCCUCCCCCAGCCCCGCUCCCAUCCUCUCCGCCCAGGCUCUGCCAAAGAAGCAACAGUGAUCAACUACGUGGAUAGUACUCUCCUACGUAUCGCGCGUCGGCACGCGAAGAAAUUCAGCAAAGCGUUUGCGGAUCCGAAUCUCCCGGACUCGGAACGCGGGUAUGAGAGCUUUGAGGAAUUAGGGAGGGAUUUGGAGGCUGUCGUGGAUGUGUUGUGGGUUAGUGGGACGCCAUCACUUCAAAUCCCCUACUUGAUUUCCUUGGCCGUACAGGUUAAUUCCUAUCUCGCCGAGUAUCCGUUCUCCGCGGCCGCUACGUUUCGGGUAUUGGGGAAGUUGGAUGAGGUUUUUGCGGCGCUUUUGGGGGAGGGGGAGGGGGAGGGAGAUGAUGGGAGGGGAAGUGUGGUUUCGAUGACGGAGAAGGUGAGGAUUAAGAGUAUUGCGGAGUCGGGGAGGGUGGUGGUGGUUGAGGCGAGGGAGAGGGAGAGGGAGAAUGGUGGAGAUGAGGAGGAGGAUGAGGAUGAGGAUGAGAUGGAGGAUGUGCUGGGUAUCGAGGAGUAUCCUGCGGCUGGGAAAUGGGAGAUGCAGACGGCUAGGGUCUACGAGAGGACUAUGCAGUUGUUGGGGGAUGAGUUGGCGAAGGUUGGGGAGUUUUGUGAUGAUGAUAUGGCGGCGGGAGAGAAUGAGGAGACUAUGUGUGAUGGUGAGAAUUUGGAAGUAGAAGUGGAAUUGGAGGGUGAGGAUGAGGAUGAGACUUGA